CAAAAAAUUGACAACCGACUCUGCCCGAUUCGAUCAUAUGCAACAAAAAAAAAAGUUUCGGUUAACAAAAGAUAGAAGAUAAAGUUCUUAGUUCACCAAUUCAUCUACAUAUUUGUUGUUAUCGUGUAGGUCUGAAAUCCAUUUUAUUUCACAAGAAAAAACUUCAAAUCCUGAAUUCAAAAGAAGAAAAAACUUUGAUAGUGAAAAUAACCAGUGGCUCGGGAAAUGAUUAUUCAAUGCAAAUUGAUCGAUUCGCUUUAUAUGUGUCUAAUGUCUGGCUUACAACAACACACAGCCAUCAUAGAAAGUAGAUUUUCGCUGAUUCGGUUAUGGUGGCGAUAAAUAUAUUGGUUUUUGUGUGAGCAAAAAGUGAUUUUUUGUUUUUUGUUUCGGAAGCUUUCUUCGGAAUAUUUGUCCAGCGUUCUAAACCGCUUUGUGUACAUCGAUAGACAUUAAAUCGCAAGCAUUUGCCCGCCAUCUAAACAGUAAACAGUUGAUAUAUACGGAAAACCAUAUUUGCCUUCGAAUCAAAAGUUUUCGCUGGAAUAAAAUCAUAGAACACCACCGACCUUAUGGCAGAUGCGGUUGGGGGGCAACAACAACAGCAAGAGGCCCCCCCGGAAUGGAAUGCCGAAGAAUGCGAUAGCCACAGUUUUGACGAUUCAGACCGAUUUGAAGAGGAUUCGUUGUGUUCGUGGAGCUCAGAACCAGAAAGUUUAUGUAAUAAUUGGAGGGGAUGGAAACGUCCCAUAACCGCAAGCACAUUUGGAAACGGUGGUGUACGGAAAACAGCUGAUGAGCCCCAAGUUACCACAUUAACCGAACUAGCUGCUAAAUGUGUCGCUUCAUUCAUACCAUUUGAACUAGUCGAACAUGUUUACCCGCCAGUACCGGAACAACUGCAACUGCGAAUUGCGUAUUGGAGUUUUCCCGACAAUGAGGAAGACAUCCGAUUGUAUUCGUGUUUGGCGAAUAGUUCAGCCGAUGAAUUUCACAGAGGAGAUCAGCUGUUCAAGAACCGUCUGGUAAAGGACUCCCUGCAAAUUGGUUUUCAUUUAUCUGCCACAGUUGUACAUUGCAGUCCACCAAGAACACAAUUUAAUGUAGCUGUUACAUUCGAUCGUCGUCGCAUAUCAUCAUGUAAUUGUACAUGUAGUUCAGCGGCGUACUGGUGUUCUCAUGUGGUAGCUGUGUGUUUACACCGAAUACAUUGCCCGAAUGAAGUAUGUCUACGAGCUCCGGUUUCAGAAUCCUUGACACGAUUGCAGAGAGAUCAGCUGCAGAAGUUUGCUCAGUAUUUAAUCAGCGAAUUACCGCAGCAGAUAUUACCAACUGCACAACGUUUGUUGGAUGAAUUGCUGAGCUGUCAGCCAACAGCAAUUAACACAGUAUGUGGUGCACCGGAUCCAACAGCUGGUGCAUCUGCCAAUGAUCAAACGAACUGGUAUUUGGAUGAGAAAACGCUGCACGACAACAUCAAAAAGAUUUUGAUAAAAUUCUGUUUACCCGCACCGAUGGUGUUCAGCGAUGUGAACUAUUUAACUAACUCGGCACCACCGGCUGCAGCCGAAUGGAGUUCACUGUUACGACCGUUACGCGGACGUGAACCGGAAGGCAUGUGGAAUUUGUUGUUGAUAGUGCGCGAAAUGUACCGACGCUGUGAUCGUAAUGCCAUAAGAUUGCUGGAAAUCAUCACCGAAGAGUGUAUGGUCUGCGAUCAGAUAUUGGUGUGGUGGUUCAAUACGAAAUUGUCGUUAUUAUUCGGCACUGGUGGACACACCGGCGGUAAACAUAGUAAUACACAUAGUAAUGCAAAUGCAUCACAGCACGCGUGCAGUUCUCUGUGCGACGAAAUAGUAAUUUUGUGGCGUUUGGCUGCAUUGAAUCCCGGCCUAGCGCCGGACGAGCGAGACAUGUUGCAUGCUCAAUUCACAGCUUGGCACUUAAAAAUUUUGGACCGAAUUGUAAAAUGUCGUGUGCAGAGUUCGUCGUACAGCAACAAGCACCAAAACAAUUUACGGACCGAUGCUGAACUGUUUAUUGGAUUUAAGCCAGCUAUUGAAGCGUGUUAUUUGGAUUGGGAGGAUUAUCAAAUACCGGGUAUAACACACACGCAAGACACAAAUCCCAUGUACCAUUGUCCGUUCACUUGUUUCAAACACACCGAUUCAAAGUGUGACACACAAAGUCAGGUCAAUUCAAGUCAGGCGGUACUGUCGACACAUAAACGCUACAACUACAUCAUAUCCGAUCAUCAUCAUCAAUUAAAGCGUUCAUAUCGAGCUUACGCAUCGAGUAGCAACAAUAGCAGUAAUAGCAGCAGUGACAGUGUGAAUUUAGGACGUAAUCCGUUGCCCAACGAACCGGACGAUUGUAAUCGAUCGAGUGCGUCCAGUGAAGGCUUUUGCGAGAAUGAAGAUGACGGUGUAGAUAGUACAGUGUUGGAGCAUUCACAAGCAACAGAGGACGUUUCCGACACAAAUAAAUCGAGUGGCACGGAGAUGACGACAACAACGAAAGUUAAAUCAAACGAAAAUGAUUCUCAAGGUGGCGAUUCGUCCAGUUCGAGUGUCGUUCUAGACGACAUCAAAUCGAAUCGAAAGAAUAGUAACAAUGUGAAUAAAACAAUGACCAGCGUUUCGACGUCAUUGACCAGUAAUUUUUCUAAUUCAAAUGUUGUGAACAACAGUGCAAGUGUAAAUAGUAAAAACGCGAAUAUAUUUAGUGUAAGUAAGUCGAAUAACAUAGUGAAUUAUGAGGAUGAUGCUAUUGCUGGUGGUAGUAGUAGUACUAGUACUAGUUCAGCAAUAACAGCACCGUCAACAAAAAGUGCCAACGAACCGAAUCCAUCUGUUUCAUCAUCUCUUUCAUCAUUUAAUGCAAAAUAUUUGCAACCAGUUCCCACAGCCAAUAUAAAUGCCACGGCGAUAUCAUCAUCAUCGUCGUCGUCGUUACCCGCAACAACAUCUACUUUAGCUAUCCCAUCAACGUCAAACACAUUUGUGCCACAACCAUCAACAUCACGUGGCGAUGUUGCAGUCGUCGAAAAGUCAACGGAACCGAAAACCGAAACAGUCGAGGAAGACCGACGACCAUCGAAAGAUGAGAGUGUGUCCAGCUCAGGUAGCCAACAGUCCGACGAAUUCAACAUGUACUACUACGACUCGAAGACGAAUCAGAACAAAUUGCUGGAACAGCAAGCGAAAAUCGAUCAAGGAACCAACAAAGCUCAAAUAUUCUCGAACAUCAAACCAACGGAAGAUGCCUGGGACAUACUGUUUGCUCGGGCUGAAGGAUUACAUGCGCACGGUCAUGGCAGAGAAGCUUGCUACCUGGCAGUUCGGUUGGCCGAAGAAAUGUUGGCCCAUCCACCGAAUUUAAUGAUUGAAAUGCCACCGCCAAUGAAGCGUAAGGGAAAGAAAAUGAAUGUCAAUCCCAUUUCACAUCAGUUAAGUGUUCUGGCGUCUGGAACAUUAUCGAAGUGUGCUUUCUUAUGCAUUGUCUUGGCGGAGAACUCGGAGCAUUAUCAUUUGAGUUUUCGGAUUUGUUUGUUUGGCUUAGAAAUGCCUCGUCCGCCAGCAAGCACAAAACCACUUGAAGUAAAACUUGCAAAUCAGGAAGCGGAUCUGUUGGGCCUGUUAAAACGAAUUCCAUUGGGUCACAUGGAAUUGAAUGUAAUUCGAGAGAAGGCCGAGAAAUUGCGCGACGGUCAACUGCGCUCUCGCGGUGAAGCACUGCUGCCGAUUAUGUUGGCUAGUUUCAUAUUUGAUGCACUAGUAAUGCCAUCGGUAGCCGGAAAGGAAAGAUUGAAAGUUAUGUCAAUGUCGUAUCGAAUACCGACCGACGAAAAUCUUGGAUUUGAAGCAGCCGUUGCCGCUUUAGGACUUAAAGCAAAUGUUUCGGAAGCAGAACAUCCUUUGCUGUGCGAAGGAACCCGACGACAACGUGGUGACUUAGCAUUGACAUUGCUGUAUUACUACAAAGACGAACCGCGAAAGAUCGCCCGUAUCAUGGACAAACUGAUCGACAGGGAAAUUCAUACACUCAUCAAAACUCAACUCUUGCCUUCGUAUUACUCAAAUAAUCCACCAGUUCGUACGCAAGCCGCUCAAGCCCGACGUGAAGAACAGGAUUUAGCCGCACAUUACAAUAACGAACAUUUCCAAAACGAUUUUUGUACAAACUCUCGGCCACACAGCAGUACUAGUGCCGAAUUAGAAAUUGGUAUGAGUGCUAUGUGUCUGUCGCAACAAAAUACACCGACAACGUCCAACAAUCAGGGUCAACCAGUGGCACCCACAAUUACGAACACAAACGCUCGCUCAAAGGAAUCACGAUAUAAAGGCAAACGUAUUUAUCCGUCGAUACCGAAUCAACCGUCGGAGGCGAGUGCACAUUUCAUGUUCGAAUUGGCCAAAAAUGUCUUAACAAAGGCUGGAGGCACCAGUUCAACGUCAUUAUUCACGCAAGCAACAACCAAUCAGAAUCAUCAUGGACCUCAUCGGGCGCUGCAUAUGUGCGCUUUUCAACUGGGUCUCUAUGCGCUGGGACUUCAUAACUGUGUCAGCUCGAAUUGGUUGUCGCGAACUUAUUCAUCGCACGUAUCAUGGAUUUUAGGACAGGCAAUGGAAAUCGGAGCACCGGCCAUAUCCUUUUUGAUUGAUACAUGGGAAGGUCAUUUAACGCCACCAGAGGCUGCUGGAAUGGCGGAUAGAGCUUCAAGAGGAUGGGAUAGUAAUAUGGUGUAUCCCUCAGCCGAAUUGGCAUUGUCGGUUUUGCCUCAUGCGGCUGCUUUGAAUCCGAACGAAAUUACCCGAGCUAUUUUGCAGUGUAAAGAGCAAAGUGAUCAGAUGCUGGAAAGAGCUUGUUUUACCGUGGAACACGCAGCCAAAGGAGGUGGUGUGUAUCCAGAAGUAUUAUUUCAAGUGGCUAAAUAUUGGUAUGAGUUAUAUAUGCGAAAUUCACCUCAUGGCCACGACAUCCAUGACGACAAUCAUCACGUCGACCACAAUGUUCAACUGGCAGCUAUAAUGGACGUUUCUGACAUGCAACAACAAUCGCAACCGGUUCCAAAUCCACAAGUUGUUGUUACUGCUUCCCCACCACAACCAUAUCAGCCAGGUGUCACAACAAUUGCACCAAUUUACGGACCAUACGGCUUUGCUUGCCAAGGCAUCUAUCAUCAUCACAACAUAGCGUAUCCACAUAAUCAAAUGCAAAUGUACAUUUCCGCACCGCAAGCGUUUCAAUAUCCACCGCCGACAAACCAACCACCACCAUUCGUUCAUCAACCGGUCGGUGCAACAUUCCAAUCAAUGAAUCAUUCGGCUGUUGCAUCAUCUGGCUUCACAGCAAUGCAAUGUCCCACUGGUCAACAAUUCCAAGUUCCCGUUCAAGUACCACCACCAACUCCAAACGUUCAAAUCCAACCCAAUAUGCAAUUUUUCGUUCCACCUCCCGCUCUUCCUCCCAAUGCAAUGCGAACACAACCUCCACCACAAGUCGGUUCACUUAAUCAACCGCCGCCAAAUCAACAAAUCCAGCAGCAAACAAUGCAACAAAUGCAGCCACACGGUGUUGUUUACGGAAACACAUUCAUUCAACCACCGCCAUCUCAUCCACCACAACGGCAGCGUCACAUUCAUCACUUCAGUCCACAGCAGUUGCGCUAUCUACUCGCUGCGUACAAUGUUGGUAUGCUGGCUAUGGAAACAUUGGCUCGUCGGGUGCACGACGAUCGUCCACAAGCCAAAUACGCACGAAAUCCGCCGUAUGGUGAAGAUGUCAAAUGGCUGUUACAAAUCUCGAAAAAACUUGGCACGCAAUAUCUACAUCAGUUCUGCGUCUGUGCCGUAAAUUCAAUUGUGAGUCCGUUCGUUUUGCACGACGUCGCCUUAGAAUCAGCUCAUUUCUUGGCUCGGAACAAUCCUACGUUGGUCAUGCAACAUUUGCGAUCUGCGUUAACUCCAUUGGUUCAAAAGUGCCAACAAAUGUACAUUCAAUGCAUCCAUCAAAAAUUGUACCACUUAACCGCGGCUGAUUACGAAGAUUUCGCUAGCAUCAUCUUAGCGGCCCGAGCUGCAUUCCAAAUUACACCCGAGGGAAAUAAUCAGUUCAAAGACUGGAUCCAGACCAUCAGAAGGUUACUACACGAAUCGAAAUCGUGCAAAAAGGAUCUCUGGGCGCAGAUAAACACAGCCCUGCAAAGUAACUCUAAAUGACAAAGACUGGACUCGGCAUGUUCCGAAAUCGUUUCAUCCGCACCAAGUGGAUGUCCUCAAACAUCACAAUCUUCACAAGGACAGCAGAUAUCACAGAAACAACAACAACAGCAGCAUCAGCAGCAGCAACAACAUCAUCAUCAUCAACAACAACAACAGCAUAAUCAUCACCAACAAUCAGGUGCACAUCAACAAUUAAAAGAAUCUGCUGCCACCACAAAUUUAGGUAAUCUAACGGUACAACAAUCCAUUGCACAAUCGUCAUCGACUAGCAAUGGGCCGGCUGUUCCGUCAGGUAUGUACUCCACUGCAAUGUUAACGCUGACCGCUGCUCCGAAUCAAAAUCUGAAUGUUAUUGCGGCACCGAUCGUUGUGGACAUUUCAAAUUUUACCGUUAAUUGCAUUACCCAACCCACACCGUACGAUAACAAUAAUAUGUGAAACGACUUCCGUUAGUGACACGGUUAGGACUUUGUUUUCCCUUUUAUUUUCCUUUUUUUUUGUAUUAACUUUCCUAAAAUUAAAUUAAAUUUUAGUUUCACGAUUUUUGUACGGGAAACGGCUAUCAAAUUUCAAACGCAGUUUGCUUCACAGCUGAUUCACUCAUGCAAACAGAACGGCUAUGUUAUAGGGUUCUGCCACUAUCACUCGUGUGGUGUUAAGUCCGUGUAACCAGUUUUGUUUGCAUUAGUGAAUCAGCUGAAAAUCAGCUGUAGAUAACUUAGGCUGAAAUUUGAUUGCCCAUCCCCAUGUACGUUGUUUCUACGAAGUGAAUUUUGAUUUCAUGUCACCGGAUCCAAUUAUAUCACAAUUCACAAAAAUCGGCAGUGUAGAGCAUGGACAUAGCUUUCUUUCCUAUAUUUUGUAAAAUUCCAUGUUCGUUAGCGUCAUACAUAGCCGGCUACAAUAUCAGUAUCAACUAUAUUGAACAAAGUUGCAGCUUGGACGAAAAAAUAAAUAAAAAAUUAUUCUCAA